AGCCUCGGCAAUAGCAGCAGCUGCUGUCUGCGCCGCUAGUCCGCCGUCCUCCCAGCCGCCCGCCAUGGCUCGCGCGGGGGCCUCCUCCUCCUCCCCGCCACCGCCGCCACAGCCUCCCUUGCCUCUCACUCGGGAGGCGGCCGAGGAGGAGGAGGAGGAGGAGGAAGACGACGACGAAGAAGAAGAAGACGGAGAGGAGGAGGAAGAUCCCCCAGCCCGGGCUCUCAUGCCACGCUCCUCCCCGGUGCCCAGGCCUCAGCACCCCAGCGCCCCCGAAGAGAGCUGCUCUUCGUCAGAGGACGACGGGGAGGAUGACGGGCACCACCAGCACCCUUGCUUGGCCAGGCCACUCUCUCAGCAUCCCCCAGGCCUGCCUGGGCCACUUUCCCAGCAUGCAGUGCAGGACAGCCAAGGUCUCCCCUCCCAGCAUGCUCAAGGGCACCCUGGACUGUUUUCCCAGCAUGCCACUGCGGCUGCCACCCCCAUGGAGGAGCCCUCUCAGCACACCGCAGGCCGGCAUGUGCUGUUUGCUGAUGCCUUGGGCCUGCCCUUGGCAAGCUGGCGGCGCUACCAGCCUUGGCCACCACCUUCCCCAGAGUCUCCCCCUGAGGUGGUGCCUUCCUCGGCCUCCCUUCCACCCUCCACAAGCACCCCCUACCUUUUGCCAUCCUUUGUGUUGCAGCCAGUGGGACAAGGUGAGGAUGAGAAGCUUGCACGGCUGCGCCAGGCCAAGGUAGAAUUGGAAGAGGUUUUGCCACCAGAGCCUGGAGAGCCACGGGUGCUACGCGGCACUGUGCGUGUGCUCAACAUUUCUUACCACAAGGCUGUGCAUGUGCGGGCCAGCAAAGACCGGUGGCAAAGUCACCGGGAUUACCCCGCCCUCUAUGUUCCAGGGGGUUCACCAGAUGGAGGCCUGACUGACCGCUUUGCCUUCCGCCUGGAUUUUGGUGAUGAGGAUGAGGAAGAUGAGGAAGAAGGAGGAGCCCGGCUUGAUUUUGUGGUGCGCUAUCAGACCGAUGAAGGAGUUUACUGGGCCAAUAAUCAGGGCAAGAAUUAUAGCGUGGUACUGAAGGGGGCAGCGACUUCCCAGGUUCUACCCAUGAGGUCUUGCAAAGAAGGUGAAUCACGUCGGCUCAAGAGCUGUAUGAGGCCAAUCAAAAUCAGGUCAAGUGAAAAUGAGCUGCAAGUAGAGGACAUAGCUCAGUAUAUUUAUUCUGAAGAAACAAGCGUUGAAGGAAAUCUGUCCAAGGAAUUUCCAAACUCUUCUGUGAUGCAGCCUUCAUCUCCGAUAACACAGAUUCCAGAACUCACAAUCACCGCUAACUCACCAGAAAAGAAGGAGCCUUCUAAAGAUCAUCUUCUAGAUUUUACUGAUUCCCCACAGGGACAUGCUACCAAAGUCCACACUACAUCUCAUGAGGAGCUGAAAGUGCCAUGGGGUUUGAUGCUAGGCACCGAAACCCAUCCCUUGGGACAGUGGGAUGCGCCUGAAUUCGGCAAGGGUGACCUCACCACAGAGGGCUCUUUCAUGGAAGAAUGCAUGGAGGAACAGUUGAGAAGAUACCAAGAGCUGCCCUAUCGCUUGGAGGAAGAUGCCAUAGAUCGAGAACUGGAACAGCUUUAUCUGUCCCAUUUGAGCCGGCUUCGAGCAGAGGAGCUUGGAGGAAGAGGAGAGUGGUCUGAGGAGAGCUCAGGCACCACCACCAGCCCUGUGCCAUCUCUCAUUGCAUUGCGGCAGAGUGUCUUGACUGAUCGUGACCUGAUAGUCAACUGGACAGGCCCAGAGAGAGCACUCAACAGUUCCCUGGCAAAGGAGAUCACACUGUACUAUGCUAAGCAACGGGGUGAUGACUCCAGAGAUAGUGAGGAGGAGGGAAUUGUGGCAGGAUAUGCAACACAGGGACCACCUGAGUUGGUGGGACCAGGCCGUGAUAGCCCACCAGUCUUAUUAGAAGGCUGCUUUCUAAAUCAUCUGGAAGAGGGAAAUGUCCAGCAGAGUCCAGUGAAGGACUCUGACUCCUUUGCUAGCUUGAGAGUUGUGGCACCCAACACCUUGAGGCCGGUCGUUCCAGAGGCUAUGGUGAUGCCCCUUGUAGUUCCAGCCCGGACACUAGUGCCCCUACCAAAGCGGCCCACAGACCUGCCAUCCAGCCCUCUUGAUGCUCAUGGACAAGGCAAGUGCCAGGGCUUCUUGAUAGGGCAUGGCAGCCUCUGGCUGGGUGAGGGCCUUCAUGUCCACAAGCCCCCUGAAACCAGUCCCAUUUCUCAUAAUGAACUUGAAAAGAUCUUGACACGCUCCCUACGGUUCCUCAGCCUCUUUGUCUUCCUUCCUGUGGUUUUCAACAGCUGCAUGCCUUUGGUGGCCGUUACACUUUACCUCCUUUUGGAUUGGUUCUCAUAAUUGGUAGUGUCAAAGGCCCAUGAGAAGAUCUGUAACUUGGCUCUAUCCCUGUUUCACUUGAUCAACUAAAUUUGGGGGAGGGGGGCAGUGUCAGAUCUUUUGAGAGUUAACGGCACAUCCACUCAAAAUUUCCCAAGAUUCAGAACAAUUUAUUUUUAUUAAAUCAUCUGGUAUAAGAGAUGAAUUGCUCGGACAAAAAAUGAGCUGUAUAUGAAAAUCACCAUUAAUUGGAUCUGAGAUAGCAUUUGCAAGGCCUCAGAGGGUGACAAAGGGCUCAAAGUCCCAAUAGCACUCCCACUCUCCCUUUGCACAGAAUAUUCAAGAAAGCUAGAAGCAACAGCAUUGUCCAUCCUGACAUUUGCAAAUGAAGAGAGGCAACUAAGGGUGCCUUGUCUGAAUGGCCUCAAAUUCUAGACCCAGAAUAAUAUGCUUCUCUUUUCCGCCUUUAAAAACAAAAUUCCUUGUUAGGAUUUAGUAGGCUUCAUCUGUUUUUUUGGCCUUCUUUCAGGUCUUUGGCCUUCACAGGCUGAAAUCCAGUUAGCAUACUUAUCUAGAAGUAAGUAAGUCAUGAAUUGUUUCCAGUUUGGGACUGAGGCCAGCAUUUCCUAAAAGGACCAUAUUCUUUGAUAUUUUUUCAGACAUACUCUUUUAGCAGGCUUUGACUGUAACUUGUUUUGUGACAAAGCAAAACAUAAAUAUUAAGGGAUAAUUUCAGACUGUUUGAAAAUCUUAACAAAUCCAACAUUCACAUUUUGAGGGGGAAAAGUCAAAAUGGUCCAUAUAAAAAUUCUUAAGAUGGAAUGUUUUAUUUAAGUACUGUAUGCCCAUUCUCUACAUAGUAUUAGUGCAAAGUUUGGUAACUAGAUUCCUGGUUAGUCUGAGGAGCCUCUGGUUUUAUGGUGUUACAAAGUCCCAACCUGUUCUGUGUAAGAGAUCUGGAGAAACCAACUAGCUAACUCAGUUUCUAUCUUGCUUUUCUCAUGGGCGAGUAUAAACCAUUACUAUAUAAAUGUAUUCUGCAUUAACAAAAAAAAUCCCAUUGAGUUAAAAAUGACCCCACUCUUAACAGUAAUCUGUUGUAGAAGUUCCUUUGGCUCUUUGGAAAAGAAUGCAGGCUGUAUGUCAUAGCAGUCUAUAAAAGUGAAAAAGGGUGAUUAAUAUAUGACCCUAAUCCCCAUUUAUUUUUACAAGGCUGGGAAAUUGUAAAUAUGUUUUGAAAUAUCAUGAAGCACUUUCUUUCAGAAUGUUCUCCUGUGCCAGCCUCAGUGAAUUUAACAAGAACAGUCCAAAGGCAAAAUAGCACUUUUGUUCAGCACCUGAUAAUUUCAGUAGGAUUUGUACAAGUGAAUAUCCUGCUGGAUUGUGCUCCACAUUUCCGUAAUUUCCCAUUAUUUGAAUGAAACGGGGAGAAAAAAAGAAGUUUUCCAUUCCAAAGAAGAUGGCAACAUUUUCAGUUUUCUGUCCAUACAGCUUCUGCAAAAUACGAUCACAACCAUUCCAGAUGGCCUCAACAGUUGCACAGCCAAGUUCCAUUCAUGCCCUAAUCCUGAGCCACACCCAGCUUCUUAGGAAGAAACUUUGGACUGCUGACUGUCUGUGCUUCUAGGACGCCUUUUCACUCCUGGAUCCUACACUUCUCUGCCACUAGCAGGGUCCAACACAAAGGACUACAGAAAAGCUCCCUAAAACAGAUGGCCCCGUAUUUAUUUUUGUACCUGGUGGGAAGGCUGACUUUUUCUACCGUAGAAUUCAUCCCAAGAUAGAGAUUUUAUUUAUUAACAACUAGCAGUACAAACCCAGGCUGGUGGGUUUGCAGAAGAUUAAAAUAAUUUAUAUACAUGUUUGGUGUCUGCAGCAAAGCAGUAAAUUGGAAACAUCCUAUCUUCACGUGCAAUAGGUUGAAAUGGCAUUGAACUUGCCGUUAGAAGGCAGCCCACCCGCUUUCAUGCUGCUAAAUGUGUUUCAUUAACUUCCUCUUGAAUGUUGUACUGUCAGCAGCUGCUGUGAUAUAGCUUGUGAGGCCUUGUGGAGGAAGUGGAGAUAUUUAUAUGGGUUCUGAAGCCACUUCUGUCUGCUGAUCCAGACUUGGCCCUGCUUUCCCCAUCCAUUGGUGAAUGCUCGUAUCUAAGGAACAUAGGGAGGUUUGGAAGGUGGAAUACUGUUGUGCUUCACGAAGAGAGAUCAGAGUUCUGUCCUGACUUCAGUCAUAAGAAAAAUCUGUAUUUUCCAGACAAAAGCUGAGAUCAGAAUGUAUUAGCAGUCACGGCUGUGUGUGUCUGUAUGUGUGUGAAAGAGAGAGAGAGAGAGAAUGUACACAUAUUUUUCUUAAUUGUCCCAGGCUAACAUUUUUUGUUGUCCUGCCACUGUUCCUUUUUCUGCCUUAUUCAAACUGUCAGAUCCCUCAUCAGAUAAAUAUGUCUGACGACACAUGUUCCACACCACAGAAGUCCUGAAAAUUAUUUGGUACCUCCGCUUGGCUACAAAGCAAGCACUGAUUAUGCUCCACACUUCUGUAGAAACACUGGUCAAAGCCAAAGUCUUUGUAAGUCAAGUGAGCUGGCUGCCUCUGGUGGCAGAUUUUUGAAUAACAUUAAGGACUACCCCGUGGGAUAUGAACAUACCUUAUGGAGUACUAUCCUUCAGAGAGUUCUUCUGCACAACUUGUACUGAAAUGCAUAAAAGCUGCAUAAAACCUCCCUGUGCUUUUGCACAGCUCCUGGUCGUAUAAGUUAACAUGUGCAAUAGAAUUUAUCUGUGGAAUGUGCUUCAUGUUAAUAAGAGGUUUCUGUGGAUUUGAGGGUAUGCGAUUUCAAAGUAUUUUGGAUUGGCUCUGGUAAAACCAGGCUUGCUUUAGUGCUUUUACUUUAUAUCAUUUUUGUUAACCUUCAGCAUCCAGCUGGCCAUUUUACAGUACAAGUUGUUUCAAGGUUCUCGCCAAAAACAUCUGCACGUAGGAAGCUAGCAUGUAUGGAAGAAAGUUAUACUAGACCUCUUCUUCCUUACAUGCCAAUUAUGUGCACUUUAUUUUUAAAUGGAGCGUGUUUAGUAAUGUGAGCCCCCACCUUCAGUUCAAUGUUGUGUACUCUAAACAUCAUUUAUCAAUAAGAGCUAGAUUUCAGAUUGUUAUCAAAAAUCAUCUCUAUAACUACUGUUGGGUAUCUGUAUUAAUGUACAAAACUUUGCUCCCACUGGAUCUUAUAUACUAACUCCUCACCAACAUCAUGAUAGAAAAAUCAGUGCUUUCUCUUCUCUGAACAGCAAUAAUCAUAUGUAAUUCAGAGGAGGCAGGAAGUUUUGGAUAAUCUUUGUAAUGAAUGUUGAAACUAAA